AUGCCUAGCAACACAAAAGCACCAGAGGCUCAUGAAGUCCAAGAAAUUGGUGGAACACCAGAACAAGAAGCAUACAUUCAAAAUAUUAUUGAGCAAUUCACUAUUGAUACUGAAUACCUUGUAAAGAUACGUGAUCAUUUUAUUUCAGAAAUGGAAAGAGGUCUUAGUCAAGAAGGCGCAACGGUUGCCAUGAUUCCAUCUUAUGUCGAGGGCCGCUUGACAGGCAAGGAACAAGGCCGCUUUUUAGCCCUUGACUUGGGCGGUACCAACCUGAGAGUAGUACUUGUUACGCUGGAAGGUGAAGGCAAAUUCAAGACGGUAUCUUCUAAAGCUAAAGUGUCUGAGGCAUUGAAGGUAGGACCGAUGCGAAACUUGUGUGAUUACAUUGCCGAGUGUGUGGAUACGUUCUUGACAGAACAAGGCCUUGAAGAUCAAGAAAUGGAACUUCAUUUAGGAUACACCUUCUCUUUCCCUGUUCUUCAAUCAAAAAUCAACCGAGGCAUACUUUCAACGUGGACAAAAGGGUUUGCUUGCUCGGGUGCCGUUAACAAGGACCCCGUUUUAUUAUUACAAGAUGCUUUAUUAAGAAAACACGUUCCCGUAAAAGUAUCUGCGCUUGUCAAUGACACGGUCGGUACCCUUUUAUCCAAUGCAUACAACAAGCCUGGUACCUUGGCCGGUCUCAUCUUGGGUACUGGCUCCAACGGAGCUUAUAUCGAAAAAAUGGAAAAGAUCAAAAAAUGGAAAGAUGGAAAGACAACGUCAGAUGAAAUGAUUAUCAAUAUGGAAUUUGGUGCAUUUGAUAAUGAACGCCAAGUACUUCCUUUAACUCGCUUCGAUAACAAGCUGGAUCGUCAAUCGAUUAAUCCCCAUGCUCAAAUUUAUGAAAAGAUGAUUUCUGGCAUGUAUCUUGGUGAAAUCACUCGUAAUGUGUUGACAGACAUGAUCGAUCGUGAGCUCCUACUCAAACGUGGCCCACAUCAAUCAGUUGCUUGGGCAAAGGAUAUCUCUCGUCAUUGGUCAUUCGAGACAGCAUUCAUGUCAAACAUUGAAGCAGACGACUCUCCCGAUUUGUCUCAUACAAAAGAAAUCUUGGAUACCAACUUGAAUAUGCGUGAUGUAUCUACGGUAGAAGCUCGAAUUAUCAAGAAAGUAUGCGAAUUGGUCGGCAAACGUGCUGCUCGUUUAGCUGCAGUUGCCAUUUCGGCUAUCGUCAAGCAUUGUGGUGUUGGUCCUGAAGGUCAUGACAUCGGUAUUGAUGGAUCCCUUUACGAAUUUUACCCUUCCUUUGAAUCUAGAAUGUAUGAAGCUCUCCAGGAAAUGAUGCCUGAAGUUGAGGAUAUUCGCAACACCAUUCGUCUUGGUCUUGCCAGAGAUGGUAGCGGUGUCGGAGCUGCCCUUACUGCUUGUGUAGCUGCUCGUAUGGAGGGACAGCGAAUGGCAGAGUCACCACAAGUGUAG